AUGUCUUUGGUACAUGACUUCGGAACUUUGAGUCACGCUGUAAGAAUUGAUGGUGCAAGGGACGGGACUGGACAGUCAGAGUGCAGAGUGAUUGACUUGAUUGCAGCAGAUAAUUCAACGAUACAAGACACUUUGCCUCACAAAGAAUAUAAGAGCUUGCCACAUCGAUCUACCAACGAAAAUUCGCAAAUUGCAAAGUACAUCCCUAUGGCAUGUGAUGCUGUGGCUUCUUUUUGGGUGUUAGAAGAGGCUUCCUCGGUGGGAGAUGACUAUCUGCUUGUGGACGCCCCCAAGUCUUUUUCCGGGCGCACCGCCAUGGACCAGGAGGAGGCCAAGCCUUUUUCUCCGAGCUUGGUCGACCCGGAUGUGAAUAUGAUUCAGGAAGACUUGGAUGCGCAGCUCAAUGAACUUCAGAGCAUUGUGUCUCGCAUUGGCAUUGGCAGCUCGACUGCGGGGCCACAGCCGGGUGCACGGGCUACUCUUGUCCCCCCAGUAGCCACUGGCGCUGAGGGUGCUAGACAACUUGCUCCGCCAAAGGCCUUUCUCCGGGACCUUCAUGAUCGAGGGCUGGGAGACCUUGAUGCCUUAAUGCCGCCACUUCCGGAGUCGGUAGCACGGUUUGCUCGGGCGGCCCUUUGGUGGCUCGGAUUGUGGAUGUCCACGUCAUUGCCAAGAGGUCCGCGGAGUACAACCAACUACCAACUGCUUAAGGCCAUCAAGGUGGUCCAGUUCAAAGCAAACCUGCUCUCGACUGAAGCCAAGGAGCUCGAUGCUGAGAGUCAGGCCAGCUUGGGCAAUGACAUUCGGUGGUCCAUACUCGCCGCACCGUAUGUCCUAGUUGAACUUGGUCGUUUAAAACGCAUUGAGUUUGUUCAAGCAAAAACCAGCUUGGAUCCAUGUGGAUCCUUCGACGACUUCGAAGGCAAGGGCGCUUCAGAGUACAAGCAGACCGCUAUGCUACUGGCUCAGGCACGCCUUCCGCUGCUUGAGUUUCCAGGGCGAAUCAUUGUGAUAGCCAGUCCAGAGGAAGAAAAACGCAUCGAGUCGAUCUUCGAGAACGAGGCCCUACUCGGUUUUGACUCUGAAAGUCGGCCUAGCUCUGCCUUGGCACCCCAGAACAGGAUGGCAUUGAUUCAACUCGCCUCUGAGAAGGUCGCUUGCCUUUGGCGUCUUUCUGAUUCAAGGAACCUUCCUCCCUUGCUUGGCAAGUUGCUUCUGGACCCUGCAGUUCACAAGGUGUCUCAGGGGGCUGUGAAUGAGAUCAACGCUUUGAAGGACCAAUUUGGAAUCAGCCCACAGUCGUUUAUCGACCUCCAUCAUAUCGCAUUGCACUUAAGAACAACGCCCAGAUCCCUGCAGGGUUUAGUGGCAAUCUUUCUUCAGAAGCGACUAAACAAGGAGCAGCGGCUUACUGACUGGCAGCAAAGCUCUUUGACACAGGCUCAGAUAGAGUAUGCUGCUACAGAUGCAUGGGCAGCUCGAGAGGUGCUUCUUGAGAUGAGACGCGCAUUCUUAUGCUCGCGUCUAGAUUGUGAGCGGCUCGUUGGUGCUGCUGCCACACCUCGGCCCAUGUCAAGUGGCACGAUAGGUUUGAAUGUUGCCAGACCGUUUGUGCCAAGUGGUGCAGGUGCCAAGGUUGAAAGACGUGGAGAGGAGGCACCGGCACCACCUUCAGAGGCACACCGAGAGCUUGCAGCACUCUGUGUGAGUAAGGGCUAUGUGCUUCGCUUCGAUGGGUUCGAAUCCCUGCCGAGUGGCUUUCGCUGCGUGUUUCGAGUGGAGUUCCGGCGAAAUGGCCAAGCUGUCUCCGAGGUUUUCCGCUCAAAGAGAGUUCACGCCGCAAUUCGGGCUGCCCAAAAUGAUGCAGCUGCAGAGGCCUUGUUGCGGCUUCGGGAAGUCGACCAGGCACUUCAAAGAGGAACCGCCGCUGAGACAGAAGUGCCAAACGAGGGCACAGACCCAAGAGACCUUAAAAAUUGA